GGGGGUUUGCGUUACGUGAUGUAAACGCGGAAGUAUUAUUGUGCACCUGCAGUAGAUGAGAGCGGAUGUUCUAACAGAGAUGUCCCAGCAGCUCCAGUAAAGUCCGUCAGAAGCAGCAGACAGGAGGCGUGUGUGAUGACUUUGUGUUCACCGCUCUGUUCGCUCUAGUGUCUCUGAAGCAUCAGGAUGCAGAUCCUGGUGGCCAAGCUGCUUGGCCUGCUGGGCUUGUUCGGCCUUAUGCUGGCUGGUGUGCUGGUCCCAGUACGUCUCCUGCUCGUUGACUAUGAUAAAGCACAGAGAUACAGGAGGCCAUUGUCUCUGUGCAAUUCAUUUGGAGGGGGCGUGUUCCUCGCAACAUGCUUCAAUGCUCUGCUUCCUGCUGUCAGAGAUAAGGUGGUCGAUGUGUUCCAGCAGCUGAAGAUCAGCAGCGAUUAUCCUCUGGCUGAAACAAUGAUGAUGCUCGGCUUCUUCCUCACCGUCUUUAUAGAGCAGGCUGUCCUCACCUUCAGGAAGGAGAAGCCAUCCUUCAUCGACCUCGAGACUUUCAACGCCGGCGGCUCCGAGGCCGGCAGCGACUCUGAGUAUGAUACCCCUUUUAUCUCCUCAGCACGGGGCUCACCGAGCAAUGGCGGUCACCGCUCCCACGGCCACCACCACGGACACUUCAACCCGGCCGAGCUGGCGGGGGCGGGGCCUCUGCGGCUGGCCAGCUUGGUCCUCGCUCUGUCUGCACACUCCGCAUUCGAGGGCCUGGCGCUCGGCCUGCAGGAGGACGGGGCCAAGCUGGGCAGCCUCUUUCUGGGCGUGGCUGUGCAUGAGACACUGGCAGCCAUCGCCCUUGGGGUGAGCGUAGCUAAGGCAUCUCUCGGCAUGAAGGACGCCACCAAGCUGGGUGUGACAGUCAGCAUGAUGAUUCCACUGGGCAUGUUGGUGGGAAUGGGCAUCGAGUCGGCCCAGACGCUGGCGGGCAGCAUAGUGUCCGUGGUGCUGCAGGGACUCGCUGCCGGAACCUUCCUCUUUGUUACCUUCUUUGAGAUCCUCUCCCGAGAGCUGGAGGAGAAACAGGACCGGCUGCUCAAAGUGCUUUUCCUCAUCAUCGGCUACGCCACACUCGCUGCUCUCGUCUUCAUCAAGUGGUGACAGACACCCAGCGAUGCCGAACUAUACUAAGAGUUCACUUUAAUGAAGGAAUCAGUUGUGGGAGGCGGGAACAUGUGGCGUUUCUAUUCGCAGUGACCGUGGUGUUUUAAACAGAAAAUUACUCUAAAAUCAGACUUUUGCCCCUAAAGGACGGAUGUGUUUAUUUAUGUGUUUAAUAACUAAUAUCUAUAACUGGCUGCAGUGAGACUGCUGCUGCUGCACAUCUGGAGCUGUAAUAUAAGGACACUUCAAAUUUCCUUACAGCUACUUUAUAGUCUAUAAUAAACCAUUUAUGAUCUUUGUAGGCUGCUUGGAGAUGCUAAACAAAGGGGCUUAAAAUGUUUUUAACUUAUUUUUAUAAGCCUUUCCGUUACAGUGAUUGAAUCUCGCAUUAGAAACUCUGCAGUGGUGUUACAGGUUGAAGGGGACGACUGCUACACAGGGCUAGCGCUGCACUCACAGAUAUGUGUGGUGUAACCAAAAAGCUCCAGGAAUGAGCCUCUAAAAUUAAAAAGCCGUCACUGAUUUAAUAUUCACAUGUAAGGUCAUCUUCUCGGGCACUUCUAGACCAUUUUCAAGACAGCUGCUAUUUUUAGAUUGCUUCAUUAAAGAUCUGCUAGGUCCUGUUGUACUAAGCUUCCUCUGUCUCCUUCACUGUGUCGACAUAAGCCUAAACUGUUUUUAAUUUGUGGGAAGCUGAAAAGUGCAAGCAAAUCUGGUGGCCUGUUAAUGUGGAAAAAGUGGUCAGAACAGGGCUUCCAGGAAGAGAUCUAAAAAUAGCUGCUCUGCUAAAAACUAUCUGGAUGUGUCUGAGAUGAUGACAUUGACCAAGAGAUUGUUUAAUAUUAAAUAGGGUAGGGUUUUUUGAUUUUAUAGACCCAUUCUCAGGGCUUUUUGGUCAUACCUCAUAAGGUAGUAUGUAAUACCUGACUUCUCAGGAUUCCAUCUCACUGAUAUUGUUCCUAACAUCUAGCAUCCUCCCAGUUUUAGGUCAUUUGUUUCUAUAUAAUUUCAGGGCUAAAUGUCAGUUUUUAUUUAUUACAGACAGGAGUGGUACUUCAGUUUAUAAAACACACUACAUCCUGGAUUGCUCUUCUCCAAACUCCGAGUGAAGUUGAAUCUUGCCGCUCCACCCUACAUGUAAAUUGCCAAUACAUAUGCUUGUCCUCCAUUUCUUAUUCUCUGUGACAUCAGGAAACUGAUGUCACUGAUGUUGAUCAGCUGAUUAGCUUUUUCAACAUAGUGUGAAGUGAAUUUUUCACAGACGUUUUGUGGAUACGCAUUCACAUUUGCGCUUUGUCCAAUCUUACUUCCGUCAUUCCGCGUCUUUACGUAGACUUUGCAUGUAACAAAGUCUAUGCAGAGAGAGGGAGAGACUUUAAAGUUGUGAUUCUCAAACGAUAAAUGACCAUGAAAAACAACUUUAUUUUAGGAAAAAAGUGUUUUCUGAUGCUGCUCACUGACCUUUUUUAAUUCAUCUCCUAUCCUUUUUAACCCUCACCCAUAAAAGGCUGAUGAGCUAUUGUUGGGCGGCGCCAACACCUGAGUUUGCAAAUACAAUAACUCGAGAACAAGGCAUCAUAGUAUUUUGAAAUUCAUACCACAGGUGCAUCUACUAAAAUCUUGGAUGAGUUUGAAUCCCGGUCAGCUUUUCUGAAAAUCACCUAUGAUUUUAAAAUUUAUGCCAUAGGUGGCUAUGAGGAGGAGGCUGAGGUGGUGGCCACCGCAUUACUUUAUAUUGUUGAUCUUUGGUGUUGCUGAGCUAUGAGAACCACUGCUGUAGAGAGAGAGUCAGGUUUUGGUAAAUUACCAGUCUUUGUUAUUCAUACAAACUGGGGGACAAACUAAAACAUUUGGAUGUCAAGAAGAUGACAGAGGUGCAGUAUCAGCGUGCGGGGGUGUUACUGAUGAUGCAAGCCAAACACGUCCAUGUUUAUAGUUUUAUUUACUAUUUAUCUACUCAUUAACAAGCUAAAGCGUUUAGCUUACAGGACUCAGAAAUGGAAUCAGAUUUGUCCUCAGUAACUCGCCCGCUCCCCUAGCCUAGAUGCCAGAGCUGUGAACCAAAGGUGAAUCCCAGAUAUUUUCUAUUAGUAUGUCAAAGCUCUUCAGUUUCUCUUUUACUCAUACUUCUGUUUUUACAUUCCUGCUGUGUUCUGAGAAAUGCCCACACAAACACACUGGAGCCUUUUAGUGGGAUCUGCUUUUUCUUUCUUCAUGUGUUCAUAUUGAGAUCUGGAUCAGGUUUGUAUUUAUGAUUGUUUUUGCCAUCUUGUCUUGGUGUCAUUAAAAUGUCACAUGUUUUGCAAGGUGAUUUUUUGUGUGUAUUAGUUGGAAAUAAACUGAUUAUUAUCUGAUACAUCCAUU